AUGAGAAGAGAAGAGUUAAAGUCAAGUUCUAAGGGUCAGGCACCUGACUCUCCUGCGUUGUCCGACUCUUCCUCUUCGGCAUACAUCACUGAACCACCACCAUCACACAUCCCUGCCUGUCCAUUUUCCCAAUCCGAUUAUACUCGCCUUUACGGCACCAACCGUGAAGAGAUCAGACUUCUCGAGUCUCUGGUUAAUUUCAAGUUCCAGACAGCCGUUUCCGAUUGUAACAAGGAUGGCAAUGAUGUUGUAUACUGGCCAGUUUUACCAUUGAGAUUUGUUUGA